CCUCGCUGCCGGCCCGGUGAGGCGGCCUCACGGGGUCGGCAGUUCGCAGCGCGGGGCUGGCGUGUCCCCUGUCCUUGCUGGAGCCUGUCAGGUCCCGCGGGGGCGGGAGGGUGGAGAGUAAACCCAAGCGCGGGCGCACCCUGCCAGGAAGGCAGCAGCGGCUUGACAGCUCAGCCUCGUGAUUCCUGCUACUGUGGAACAAAUCCCUCCUGUACUUCAACGCUGAGCGUCCUCCCUGUGUGUGGUGCAUUUCAAAAUCUCCCCUGGGUGUUGGGUGCAAUUUAUUAUAUUGAAAAUCAAUUACAAUGGGAGAUGCUGCAAAACCUUGCUUUGCCAAAAGAACAAAGGAGAGGGGAGUUUUAGAUGAAGAGGAAUUGAAGAGGAACCCUUUACAACACGACUGCCACUCCAUGGAGGAUUAUGGACAUGGCAAAAAAAUAGAUAUGGGCUUUCAGAAGAAAAAGGGAACACAAGGUCACUGUGGAAACAGUCCCAGAAAAGGACCACAUAGUAUUCUGAGUAGUUCAAAUUGUUUUAAAAACAUGGGUCACAACCAAGGGGUUAGGAUAAAUGAUACCCAAAAAGACCAAAUUAAGAAAUGGAUAUCCGAUGACCAUCGUGGCAAUUCAGACAGCUGGAGAGAGUACAAAUCUACAUUUCGGAUUCCUGUGAUUAACAGGACAAGAAAAGACUCUUUUCAUGAGGUUGAAGGUGCAGGAAGCAGAAAUGUCAGAAAACAGCUUCAGAAAGACUUAAAUGAAGAAAUGUCAGACACACAGAAAGGAAACUCUGAAAUGAAGAAACAUAGGAAACCAAGGAGAUCAAGAAGGACAGAAAAAGAGGAGUAUGAUCAAGAUGACUAUAUGGAAGGCCCAGUUAUAGAUGAAUCAAUGCUGUCAGUGAAGGAACUACUAGGGUUGCAGCAGGCUGAAGAGAGAUUAAAGAGAGACUGCAUUUACAGACUAAAGAAGCGUCCUCGAAACUACCCAACAGCCAAAUAUACUUGCAAAUUGUGUGAUGCUUUGAUUGAGUCAGUGACAUUUGCUCAUAAGCACAUUAAAGAGAAGAAGCACAAAAAAACCAUAAAGGAGAAGCAAGAAGAAGAACUGCUGACUGCCCUGCCUCCACCAACACCUUCCCAGAUACAAGCUAUUGGUGUUGCCAUUGAAAACGUAGUGCAAGAGUUUGGCUUAAAUAAUGAGGAUUUGGAACAAAGACUCAAAAUUAAAACAGCGAUGGAAGAUUUAUUGCACCAACAAUUGCCAGAUUGCUCGCUAAGGCUGUAUGGCUCCUCCUGUAGCAGGUUUGGUUUCAAAACUUCUGAUGUAAACAUUGAUGUCCAGUUUCCAGACAAUAUGGCUCAACCAGAUGUUCUCUUACUUGUACAAGAAAGUCUGAAGAAUAGUGAAUCUUUUAUUGAUGUUGAUGCAGAUUUCCAUACUAGAGUACCAGUGGUGGUGUGCAGAGAAAAGCAAAGUGGCCUUGUUUGUAAAGUAAGUGCAGGGAAUGAAAAUGCUUGUCUGACGACAAACCAUUUGGCUACUCUUGGAAAACUAGAACCAACUCUUGUACCUCUAGUGAUUGCCUUCAGGUACUGGGCAAAGCUUUGUUGUGCUGAUCAUCCUGAAGAAGGAGGUUUGCCAUCUUACGUGUUUGCUUUAAUGGUCAUUUUCUUUCUACAACAGAGGAAAGAGCCAUUUCUGCCUGUUUAUUUGGGAUUGUGGAUUGGAGGAUUCUCCUUAGACAAAUUAGUGAACUUCAACCUUAAAGAUGUUGAGAAUGAUAUCGUAGUCUGGGAGUAUAAUCCUGCUGUUGAUGAUGCUGAUUCCCCAAAAGAAGCUUCUCCUAAAAGGGGCAAGGUUCCUUUAGUGUUUGAUUCAGGACACCAAUGUUCAGCACCAGUUGGGCAGCUUUGGGUAGAACUGCUUCGCUUCUAUGCCUUGGAGUUUAAUUUGGCUGAUUUGGUCAUCAGCAUACGACUCAAAGAAGCAGUGUCUCGUGAAUCAAAGGAUUGGCCUAAAAAGCGCAUUGCUGUGGAAGACCCUUACUCAGUAAAGAGGAAUGUGGCAAGAACUCUGAACAGUCAACUAGUAUAUGAAUAUAUUCUUCACUGCUUAAGGUCAACUUACAAAUAUUUUGCUUUGCCUCACAAAAAACUUACAAAAUCUAGCCCAAAAAAGCCUUUGAAUGUCAAUGAGGAGACAUCACACAGAUUAGAACCUGAAAAGGAUGCCAUAAAGCAUGAUGCCACUGAUAUGCAAAAUGUAGCUGACAAAAUGGGGCAAGUGGUAGCAAAUGAUUGUAUUAAUAUUAUUGAUAGAAGUAUAGACAUGCCUGAGGCAUGUACAAUUGAUCCUUCAAAGGUGUUUGUCUCUGAAAGCCUGACUGAAGAAGAAUUGGCAGAUGAUAUAACACAUUUGGGAAUUGCCCAGGAAGAUUCAGACUUUGUAAUUGAAGAUAUGAUUUCUGGUGAUAAUGAGGACUCUAAACAAAGCUGUGUAGAGACAGAAAGUGGAAAUGAGGAGGAGGAAGAGGAAGAACAUGACCAAGAUAAGAAAUGGCAGAAAAAUGUGAUAGUUAUUGAUCAAGGCUUGGAUGCAUACAGUGAAAAUGGAGAUCUUCCUAUUCCAGCAAAUGAGCAUGAUGUUGAAACAUACAGUAUUUCAGAGACUGAAGGUGUUCAGAGCACUGUAGUCACAGAGAGGGAUCAGUUUGGUUUAGAAUGCAAUGUAAUGCUUGAUGAUAAAGCUGAGAUGGAUGAGGAGAGCAGAGAGGAGACUGAUGAACUGGAUGAUUCCCUGAACAAAUUUGCACCUUCGUUACAAGACCAGAUAUCUGAAAUCAAUAACUCAGAUGAGGAGGGGGAGGAGGAGGAGGAGGGAGAACAGAGUCUUGUCCUAAACCAUACAGAAUGUGGUGGUAUUGUGACUGCUGAAGAUGAGCUGGACAAUACUUACACUGCAUCUGGGGAUGAAGAUGCACUGUCUGAGGAAGAAUUGUCCGUCUCUGUUAAAUAUGAAGAGACAGAGCUGGGAAAAAAUGUAGAUAGAUCUCUAAGGGUAGAUUUGAAUGAAGAGGAUUUUAUAGAAAAAGGAAGCCUUUGUGAAGAGGGCAUACUAAUAGGACAGUUUCUGGAAUCUGAGCUCUUCUAUGAAUUUAAUAAACCUGCUUUCACAAAGGGCAAGUCUCCUAUGGUGGUAUGUAGCUUGUGCAAACGAGAAGGUCACCUAAAGAGGGAUUGUCCAGAAGACUUCAAAAAAAUUGAGCUAGACCCUUUGCCAGCGUUGACACCCAGGUUUUCAAAUAUUUUAGAUCAAGUUUGCAUCCAGUGUUACAAAGAUUUUGCUCCAAAUAUUAUAGAGGAUCAGGCUCGUGAACAUAUACGGCAAAAUCUGGAAAGCUUCAUCAGACAGGAGUUUCCAGGAACGAGGUUGAACUUGUUUGGCUCAUCAAAAAAUGGCUUUGGCUUCAAACAAAGUGACCUUGAUAUCUGUAUGACAAUUGAUGGACUGGAAACUUCUGAGGGACUUGAUUGCAUAAGAAUAAUUGAAGAAUUAGCAAGAGUACUUAAGAAACAUUCAGGUCUAAGAAAUGUCUUGCCAAUAACAACUGCUAAAGUGCCAAUUGUCAAGUUCUUCCAUGUGAGAAGCGGUCUUGAAGUGGACAUCAGUUUAUAUAAUACACUGGCCCUGCAUAAUACAAGACUCUUGUCCUCUUAUGCAGCAAUUGAUUCCAGAGUAAAAUAUCUGUGUUACACAAUGAAGGUCUUUACAAAGAUGUGUGACAUUGGAGAUGCAUCUAGAGGUAGCCUGUCCUCCUAUGCAUAUACUCUUAUGAUGCUUUAUUUUCUUCAGCAGCGAAAUCCACCCGUCAUUCCUAUUCUCCAAGAGAUCUACAAGGAGCCAAAGAAGCCUGAAAUUUUAGUUGAUGGUUGGAAUGUUUAUUUCUUUGACAAAAUAGAUGAGUUGCCAGCCUGUUGGCCAGACUAUGGUUCAAACACUGAAUCUGUUGGGGAGCUAUGGCUGGGACUUCUCCGCUUCUACACAGAAGAAUUUGAUUUCAAAGAACAUGUUAUCUGCAUCAGAAGAAAAAAUCUGCUUACAACUUUCAAGAAGCAGUGGACCUCCAAAUAUAUUGUUAUUGAAGAUCCCUUUGAUUUAAACCACAAUCUUGGAGCUGGCUUAUCAAGAAAAAUGACAAAUUUUAUAAUGAAGGCUUUUAUCAAUGGCAGAAGGGUAUUUGGUACCCCAAUAAAAGGAUUUCCUAAAGAAUAUCCCUCAAAAAUGGAAUACUUCUUUGACCCAGAAGUCCUGACAGAAGGAGAAUUGGCCCCAAAUGAUAGAUGCUGCAGAAUUUGUGGUAAAAUUGGGCACUUCAUGAAAGACUGUCCCAUGCGGAGAAAGUUGAGAGGACGACAUGAUCAUGAAGAUAUUAAAAACCAAAGGUACAUAGAGAACAACGAGAAAAGAAGCAAAGAGGACAAAGAAAUCCAAAAUAAAACUACAGAAAAAGAUACCUCAAUGAAGGAAGGAACGAUACUAUGUACACCUCAGAAAAACAAACUAGGGAUGGCAACAAUGGACACAGGAAGAGACAAGGCUUCCAGGCAGUCAGCAGAAAAGUGGAAGUGGCAGGAGGACAGGGACUUAAGAGAAAAACGUUGUUUUAUCUGUGGGAGAGAAGGCCACAUUAAAAAGGAGUGCCCACAGUAUAAAGGAGCUGCAGGUGGAUCAAAGUCAGAAAGUCUGUGUGGAUCCCCUUCUUUACCCAGUGCUGUUAAACAUGCUGGUAGACUAAAUCAGGGAAUACUUUUACAUGAGGAAAAGAAAAAACAAAAAGGAAGAGUGUUCUUGAGUCCCCAGACAGGCAGCCUUUCCAGUAAAUAUAUGGCUCAGGGAAAAGCCUCACAGAAGACGACCCAACAGGAAUCAUGAGAGGAUUGAAGAACUCUGAAAUUGCAAUACAGGCCAUCCAUUCACUUCAAAAAUUAGGUUCAUUUUGGCAAAAGCUUCUGGGCUCACAAGACAGCAGCACAAAACAAUGUUCAAUUUAAGUUUAAAGAAAACAUGGUAUUUUAAUUUGAAUUAGAUUGCUAAAAGUCAGAGGCAAUGGAUUUUUAAUGCAGUGCUCCUACCAUGGACUCCUGCUCUUAAUAGAUUAUUUGAACAUUUUAAUAGAAAGCCAUGAUGUCUGUAUUUGUUUACUAGGUAAAACAUGUAGAUAAGAGCAGGUGCUCAUUUUCAAGAUUUUAAUGUUCAACCUGACCCUUUCAAAGUGCACCAAAAUUGUGUGCAAGCCAAAUGUUUUAUUUUUCUUCAAAAAUUGACUUUUUGAAGGAGGAAAUGUUAUUUAUUAAUGUUGAUUGUUUACUGAAUCCUUGUGUAAAGUGUUUAAAAUGUUUGUGGACUACUACCGCUGUAUUUGCAAACAUUUUAUCUGCAGAGAAUUGAAAACACGAACAUUAGUAAACUUUUUUGUGAAACCCCUGUGGACACACUGCCACUGAGUUGUUUUUUUUCCCUUUGUGAUUUUGAGUUAAUAUGCUGCUGUGCUUGUGUACAGUAAAAGACUAAGAAGCAGGUUAGUCUUUGUUUGAUGCUGCUAAGAAUCUUUCCCAUAGCCUAUAAAAUACAACAGACAAAAUUGCUAAAAAGCAGGAGAGAGUAAUCAGCAAUUGGGGAGGGGUGUUUUCCUUUUCCUAAAAAGUGAAGAGGAUCCAACUGCCAGCCAAGGAUUUAAUUAGCAUUGUCAUAAGAUUUACUUGAAGUCUUUUUGGAACUGGUACUGUACCUUCAUACUCUGUUUGGGAGGGGAGAAUCAAUACAGGGUAAAAAUGAAACCACUGUUAUUUAUGACUUUGAAAUAAAAAAACAAAAGUUAAAACUUGAAAUUUCUACAUUUCUCCUUAUCUUGUACUUACAAUUCCAAGUGCAAAAUUCAGUAGGAACACAGAGUAAAAUUAUAUUAUCCUAACUACUUAUUUA